AUAAUAACCAAAAAAGCAACCCAGAAAAAACAAUAAAAGAAUUUGUCACCGUCACGCGCUGUAACCAGCGAAUACGAUGCCAACAGCAAUAUACUACUUCCCCAGUCCCCACUUCAAGCCUCUCUCUCUCUCUCUCUGAUUCUCUGGACAUUCCACCGCACUUUCUCUCUCUCUUCCUUUCAGCUUUUGGUCUUUGCGGGGCUCAACUAUCUUACGCGUCCACCGCGCUCCUUGCCUUCUUUAUUUCUCCAGAACUUGUUGCCUUCUUCUGCUUCUUCUUCUUCAGCCUUGUCGUCUCCCAGAUCUGUGUAUUUCGCGUCUUGCCCAAUCCUUCUUCUUCUUCUACUGCUACUUAAAGCUUGGAUUUUUAACUCUUUCUCUGUGACUCGGAGAAGAUUCAGAAAAUGAUGGACCCUGGGCAACGCCGGAAGAGGAAGCGUGUCGGUACUGGCGCUUUCUCCCUGACCCACUACUUCUCCUUGAGGUCCCUUUUUCUCUGCUCCUCCUUCUUCGUCUUCCUCUUCUUCUUAUCCUCCGAUCGCUUCUCUAUUUCUUCGUCACCUUUUCGCCCCGCCAUUAUCACAUCUCCCUUAUCACUUUUGUCCUCUUCUGCAAGUCGCUCGGUUCUAGCCUCUUCUGACCCCAAAUUGCUCCCCUUGAGAGUUGAAGAUCGGAUUGUUUUCCCUGACCAUGUGGUUUUGAUGGUAAGCAACAAAAUUCUCCGGCGGAGCCAAGAUUUGGAGUGUAUAUACUACAAGCUCUUCAACGGUUCCUCUGACGAAGGCAGUAACCAGCUCGCCGAUAUUCAAACUCAGUCCGUGCUGUCCACCGACGACUACGAUGAGUUCAGAUCCAUUGUGAGGUGCCCAAUUCCUCAGAUGAGCUAUUCAGCCGCCGCCGUGGAUUUGCGCCAGCGUGGCGAGGUGGGUCGCCGGGAUUGGGACUCGCUGGUGAACCAGACUGCUCAGUCAUGGGACAAGGUAGCGUAUGAAGCGAUUUUGGAUGGGAACACCACCGUUGUAUUUGUUAAAGGAUUGAAUCUUCGACCCCACAAGAUAUCAGAUCCGACCAAGUUCCUCUGCCACUUUGGGUUGAAGAAUUUGGGCAAAGAAAACAACUUUCUGCUCACAACCAAAGCAGUUUCAGUUGCUCAAGAAGUGGUGAGAUGUUUACUGCCAAGAGGUAUCAGAAACAGCCCAGAUAAGGCUCAGGGAAUUCGGGUUACCGUCAGCCAUUUGAGCGGCCACAUAAGGCGCCCGGUUCGCGAGCUUUUGCCUUCUGUGGCAAGAGUUCGAAGCUCAAGUCCUCAAGCUCAGAAGAGAAAAGGAAAGACAAAGAAACAUGAGCUUUGUGCUUGCACUAUGGUGUGGAACCAGGCAUCUGCGCUAAGAGAAUGGAUUAUGUACCAUUCCUGGCUUGGAGUUGAACGAUGGUUCAUCUACGACAACAACAGUGAUGAUGAUAUAGAGAAGGUGAUUCAUGAACUUGACCUGCAAGGGUAUAAUGUUAGUAGGCAAACCUGGCCAUGGAUUAAGACUCAGGAAGCAGGCUUUUCUCACUGUGCUUUGAGAGCAAGAGAUGAGUGCAAAUGGGUCGGAUUCUUCGAUGUUGAUGAGUUCUUUUACUUCCCCAAUGAAUUUCAUCACCAGUUCGGGCAUGAUGUUCCUGGUGAGAACUCACUCAAAUCUGUGGUAGCAAACUUGUCAUCCUCAAAAAUUGCAGAGAUAAGAACAGCUUGUCAUAGCUUUGGUCCUUCUGGGUUGCGCUCGCCACCUAAAAGAGGAGUGACUAUAGGGUACACAUGCAGGCUUCAGAGCCCUGAGAGACACAAGUCAAUAGUGAGGCCAGAUUUGCUUGACACUAGUCUUCUGAAUGUGGUGCACCAUUUUCAGCUGAGGAAUGGGUACAAAUAUCAGAACAUGCCUGAGAGUACUGCUAUAAUAAACCACUACAAGUAUCAGGUGUGGGAGACCUUCAAGGCUAAGUUCUUCAGAAGGGUUGCUACCUAUGUUGUUGACUGGCAAGAAGACCAAAACAAAGGAUCAAAAGAUAGAGCACCAGGGCUGGGAACAGAAGCCAUUGAACCACCUAACUGGAGGCUGCAGUUUUGUGAGGUUUGGGAUACUGGCUUGAAGGACUUCCUUUUGUCACGUUUUGCUGAGCCUGUAACAGGGGUUCUACCCUGGGAAAGGUCAUUCCUAUAAAUAUGGGGACAUUAUUCUAUCAGGGUCACCAGGCACCCUUGUAAAGCACAAUAACCAUAGCCGUAGGCAUUCAUUCUUUUCAUUGUUUUUGGGGGGGAUUCUAGGUAACAGAAAUUUUGUUUUCUUCUUUCCCCUCUCUUGUUUAAUGAUUUCUAUAAACAUGAAAACAUACUUCACAGGGCUCACACGGUUGUAUAUUAGCAGCAAUAUGAAUGGAUUCCUGUAUUUUCACUUUUAA